AUGAAACGUGGCGCCACUACACUCGACCGUGCGGGGUUGAAAAAUAGUACGAAAAUUACAAUUAUUGGUACUCCGGAGAAGGCGAUCGAAUUGAUGCACAAGGCGGAGGCGGAGGCCACGCGACGUGCUGAUAUUCUUAGGGCCCGAGAGAGCCGUGGCCCUACCAAAGUCCGGGCCGAAAUGGGUUCGAGCGCAGGAAAUGCUCAGUUUCAAUUUCAUCGAAUCGAGCCACACGCCAACCUCCCGAAUCCUAUCCAGGCCCGUAGCUUACUGACGAAGCUGUCGACGGAUCCAGCAAUACUAAACAUUAUGCGCGUACAUCGUUUUGCGGUUGGACUUUUAACGGAGCUCGCGCCUCACGAACAUCCUCACCUUCUUGGACUGAACGUGAAUGCAGGGCAAUCCAUAUUGCUCCGAAUUCGCACUGACGCGUAUGACGGAUUUCGUACGUAUAAUGAAAUCCGGCGUGUAUUGUGCCACGAGUUAACACAUAACGUAUACGGGGGACACGGAGAUGAUGCUCAAGAGAAGCUCAAGCGAAGGCUUGCACUCAAGGAAGCUGAGAGGAAAGAUCCUUCAUUGAAGAAAAAACGUAUUGUAGCGAAUGUUCCAAAGACGCUAGAUAAUACUCGGGAUUUUAACGCAACUAUCAUUCCAGUUGGCACGGCACUCACCCACUCAGAGGAGGUUGGCGAUGGGGAUACCGACGCUAAUGGGGUAGGAUCAACACUAGCACCGGGACAAAUGGACACAGAAAAUACCGAAAACAUUGCGAAUGAUGAAUUCGCUGCACAUUUUGAUACCACCGCUAACGAUUUCGAUCCUGAGAAGGCUCCCAAAAAAAGGGGUCACGGGUUUGAGAUGGGUCGUAUUGCUGGUUGGGCUGCGAAUCGGGGUUACGGCGCAAUGAUAGUGGUAAAUGAGGACACAAAAAAGCCUAAUGCGAUGACAAUCGUACACUUACCAGAAGGGCCUACAGCUUACUUCAGGCUAACUUCGAUCCAGACAACUGCUCAAAUUUCUGGGCACGCCCGGCCGUCCCCACAUUAUCCUGAGCUUGUACUCAAUGGGUUUGUCACUCGCCUCGGAAUCACUGUGGGGAGAUUGUUUCAAACACUCUUUCCAGUAAUGCCUGAGUUCGAAGGACGUCAAGUCGUUACUCUCCAUAACCAGCGGGAUUUUUUAUUCUUCCGAAGACACCGAUAUGCAUUUAGAUCAUCUGAAAAGGCAGCAUUGCAAGAAAUUGGACCUCGCUUUACACUGAAGCUUCGUUCACUGAAGAAGGGUUUACCCGUGGUCGAAAAUUUGUCCAAACCACCACCGGCGUUAGAGUUUGCAAGCGACGAGGAAGAAUCUGCAAAGGCACACGGCGAUACAGAAGAUACAAGCGCACAGGCGGUGACUAGUGCUAGCGAAAAGAAGGGAGAGGCGCCCGGUAUCUCCAAUGACUUUGAAUGGGUUUGGAAGCCCGAAUUAGAAACAACAAGGAGGACGUUUUUCCUUUGA